AUGGUAUGGCCCCAGGGGACUUUGCUGACCAACCCCUGGUACCUCCUCUGCCCCCAGUGCAUCCACAGAGACCUGGCUGCUCGGAACAUCUUACUGUCAGAAAGUGAUGUGGUGAAGAUCUGUGAUUUCGGCCUGGCCCGGGACAUCUACAAAGACCCGGACUACGUGCGCAAGGGCAGUGCCCGGCUGCCCCUGAAGUGGAUGGCCCCUGAGAGCAUCUUUGACAAGGUGUACACCACCCAGAGCGACGUGUGGUCCUUCGGGGUGCUGCUCUGGGAGAUCUUCUCCCUGGGGUCCUCCCCAUAUCCCGGGGUGCAGAUCAAUGAGGAGUUCUGCCAGAGGCUGAAAGAGGGCACCCGGAUGAGGGCCCCCGAGCUGGCCACUCCCGCCAUAUGCCACAUCAUGCUGAACUGCUGGUCGGGAGACCCCAAAGAAAGGCCUGCAUUCUCAGAUCUGGUGGAGAUCCUCGGGGACCUGCUCCAGGCGGGCGGCCGGCAGGAGGAGGAGGCCUGCACAGCUGCCCGCAGCUCUCAGAGCUCAGAGGAGGGCAGCUUCAUGCAGGCGUCCACCACUGCCCUGCACGUCGCUGAGGCUGACACAGACACUGAGGACAGCCCAGCGAGCCUGCAUCGGCACAGCCUGGCCGCCAGAUACUAUAACUGUGUGUCCUUUCCGGGGUGCCUGCCCAGGGGGACUCAGAGCCAGGGUCCCUCCAGGAUGAAAACGUUUGAAGAAUUUCCCAUGACCCCAACAACCUACAAGGCCUCGGUGGAUAACCAGACAGACAGUGGGAUGGUGCUGGCCUCUGAGGAGUUCGAGCAGCUGGAGAGCAGACACAGACAAGAAGGCGGGCUCAGCAGCUGUAAAGGACCUGACCAGAAUGUGGAUGUGACCAGGGCCCACCCCAACUCCCAAGGACGGCAGCGGCAGCCGGACCCGGGCGCACAGGGAGGCCAGGUGUUCUACAACAGCGAGGGCCUGGAUCUGCCCCCACAGCCACUGCUCAAGUCAGAAUGGCUCUGUGAGAUGUGAGCACCGUGGGCUACCCUGAGGAAGGCUUGAGUUGGCCCAGAGGACCCACCAGCAUUGCUCUGUGCCAGGCUGCAGUCAGCAUUCCUGUGGCUCUGGGGGGCCUCUGCCCUCCCACGGGAGUGACCAAGAGCCCUCUGGGGGCUGGAGUUGUUCUGCCCAAGCCACACGGCAACCCAGCUCCGUUGCCCAGUCACACCCCACCUGGGCAGGAGAGGGACCCUCUUCCAGUUAUCGCCACGGACACUGACGCCCACCCCCACCCAUGAGAUGCUUGCGGGACAGGCGGCCGUGCAGCCAGCAGGACUUGCCCGGCAGACCCCCUCCCACCCACUGUGUGUCAGUCCUUUAGGACACAUCAAGUGCACAUGUGACUUAUAUCCUCAUCAUACCCAGGGGACUUCGUCCUCUGAUGUCACCUGACUGGGAGACUGAGGUCUCAGGUUUACCUGGUGGGCGUUCAGAGGCUGUUCCCAAUCAGAGGAGCGACCUGCGUGAUGCAGGUGCAGGCUGGGCCCACUGGCCCCUCCCACGUGCCUGCCACCUUUUGGUGUCACUCUCUCGUCACAUAACUGUGCACAUAAAAAUGUACCGGGAAAAAAGCCUGCCACACCCUUGUACACCAAGUGCCACAUCAUGUUAAAAUAUUUAACGGAAGAUAAUAAUAAAUUCAGUGCCAGUGUUUGAGUUACA